UUUGUUCUUUGCGCAUCUCGUUAGAGUUACGACAGUAUAGCGACCAUGUCGAAGGUCUUUGAGACUGGGAAGGUCCUGGUGGCCGACCCUUACGAAGUCAACGACGGCAUUGAUGAGAAUAGUGAGGUUGUUGAGAAGAAGGGGACGAAGUUUGACCAACGCGAUAUGUAUCGUAUGGGAAAGGUCCAGGAACUGCGAAGAAACUUUCGCUUUGUGACCAUAUUUGGGUUUACUAUGGUGUUGAUGGCAACCUGGGAAGCCCAGCUAAGCGCGAAUACGUUCGGUCUCAUCAAUGGCGGAACAGCAGGUCUGAUAUGGGUGUACAUUGGAACAUUCUUUGGCUUCUUCGCUGCGAUCAUCUCUAUGGCUGAGAUGGCAUCCAUGGCACCAACCACAGGAGGUCAAUAUCAUUGGGUCUCCGAAUUUGCGCCAAAGUCAAGCCAGAAGUUCCUCUCCUACAUUGUCGGCUGGCUUUGUGUUCUUGGAUGGCAGGUGGGCAAUACCGCGAUCGCCUUCCUGAGCUCGCAACAAAUCCAAGGAUUGAUAAUCCUCAACAACGUGGACUACAUCCCACAGCGGUGGCACCUUUCUCUUAUAGUGAUUGGCGUCAUGACUUUUUGCCAGCUUUUCAACACUUUCCUGGCCAGGAAGCUGCCUUUGGUUGAGGGCAUUAUUCUGAUCUUGCAUAUCUGCGGCUUCUUUGCGAUUCUCAUACCCCUCUGGGUUCUGGCGAAGCCUGCCAAUGCGAAAGAGGUGUUUACAACAUUUACUGAUGGCGGUGGCUGGGGAUCCAUUGGCCUAUCUUGCCUAGUCGGCAUGCUCUCUCCAAUUUUCUCCUUCAUCGGCCCAGAUUCGGCUACGCAUAUGGCGGAAGAGCUUCGCGAUGCCAGUAAGACACUCCCACGAGCCAUGAUUGCUACGGCAAUUAUCAAUGGUGCUCUAGGAUUCAUCAUGCUGGUGACAUUCUGCAUGAUGGUUGGAAAUGUGGAGGACAUCCUUGCGACCCCGACUGGACAGCCCUUCAUCCAGGUGUUCUAUAAUGUCACGGGAAGCAAAGCAGGAGCAAGUGCCAUGACUGCCAUCAUGAUCAUCAUGGCCACUUUUGGAUGCGUCACUAAUGUCGCCACCUCUUCACGGCAGGUGUGGGCUUUUGCACGAGAUCAGGGUCUACCUUUCUCUGCUUGGCUUGCCUAUGUCCGCCCUGGCUGGGACCUGCCCCUGAAUUCCGUCAUGAUCUCCUACUUCAUCGCCGUCCUUCUCUCACUCAUCAACAUCGGCUCAACCGUUGCUUUCAAUAUCGUCACAUCCCUCGGCACUGGUGCCCUGAUCUCUUCCUACAUCGUUUCCAUCUCCUGCGUAACCCUGAAACGUCUUCGCGGCGAGACUCUCCUCCCUUGUCGAUUUUCGCUUGGAAAAUGGGGGCUUCCUUUGAACAUCUUCAGUGUCCUAUUCCUCACACUUGCUUUCAUCAUGACUUUCUUCCCCUCCACACCGAAUCCGGAUCCAGUUACUAUGAAUUGGAAUAUUCUUGUGUUUGGAACGGUUGUAGUGUUUUCGGUAGUUUAUUUCUUGCUUCGAGGACGGCAUCGGUAUGUUGGGCCUGUAGAAUAUAUCAAGAAAGCUUCCUAGAGGUGUGCUCAAAAGGAGUCAGUCUUC